GGUCCACUCGCACUUUAUCCCACCGGCUAUCGUGCCACGAGCUGGCGCGACAGAGUCAACGCUUGACGCGUUCGCCAGCCCCUCGUGUGUGGGUUCGAGCCGAACUCCGUCCACGGCCGCACACCACUGGACUACUCGAGUCGACGUUGAGCUCGCUCAGGGUUUUGCUUGCUUCGCCCGGCGGUAAAGCUGAGCGCGGCGAGAGCCGGAGACCGAAGAAGCGCCGCGCGCCCGGUCAUGGAGAUCGGACAGUACCCCGCGAGCGGCUGCUCCAAGGAGCACCAGAAGAUCUACCAGGAGUGGUUCGCGCUCGCGGACGCAGAUGGGGAUGGCCGCAUCACGGGCCCCGAUGCGAUCAAGUUUUUUGGCAUGUCCAAGCUCUCCCGCCCUGACCUCAAGCAGGUCUGGGCUAUCGCGGACACCAGAAGGCAGGGGUAUCUGGGUUUCUCUGAAUUCGUCACCGCGAUGCAGCUAGUCUCUCUGGCACAAGCAGGCAACGAGAUUACUCAAGAUAGCCUUAAGCGAGAUGAUUUGAGCAGUUUGAAUCCACCUGUGAUGGAAGGUUUGGAUGCCCUACUUGCGAAAUCUAAGCAUUUGGUGAAGCGUGUUGAUCCAGAAAUGGAUGGAUAUCCUCAGGAACAAUCUCCUUUAACAAACAAAUGGUUUAGCUCAAAGUCAUCAAAGAAGAUACCUCUGACAGCCGUCACUUCUGUUAUCGAUGGCUUGAAAAAACUUUACAUCGAAAAGUUGAAGCCUUUGGAAGUUACAUACAAGUUCAAUGAUUUUGUUUCCCCUUUGCUGACAAGUAGUGAUUUUGAUGCAAAGCCAAUGGUUAUGCUCUUAGGUCAAUAUUCUACUGGUAAAACAACUUUUAUCAAGCAUCUGCUAAGAACAAGUUAUCCAGGUGCCCAUAUCGGACCAGAGCCAACAACAGACAGAUUUGUAGUUGUCAUGUCAGGAUCUGAUGAAAGGACUAUUCCUGGGAAUACUAUUGCUGUUCAAGCUGACAUGCCUUUUAGCGGUCUUACAACAUUUGGGACUGCAUUUUUAUCCAAGUUUGAGUGCUCUCAGAUGCGACAUCCACUGCUAGAGCAUAUCACAUUUGUUGACACACCUGGUGUUCUUUCUGGUGAAAAGCAACGCACACAGCGCAGCUAUGAUUUCACUGGUGUGACAUCAUGGUUUGCUGCGAAGUGUGAUCUUAUCCUUCUCCUGUUUGAUCCUCAUAAGCUCGAUAUCAGUGAUGAGUUCAAACGUGUCAUUGGAUCAUUACGUGGCCAUGAUGACAAAAUACGCGUAGUUUUGAACAAGGCAGACCAAGUAGACACUCAACAGCUUAUGAGAGUUUAUGGUGCAUUGAUGUGGUCUCUCGGGAAAGUAUUGAAUACACCUGAGGUUUCACGUGUUUAUAUUGGAUCAUUCAAUGACAAACCAGUAAAUGAAUCAGCUGUUGGUCCACUUGGAAAGGAACUAUUUGAGAGAGAGCAAGAUGAUCUUCUUUCUGAUCUCAAAGAUAUCCCCAAGAAAGCCUGUGACCGCCGGAUCAAUGAAUUUGUUAAACGUGCUAGAGCUGCCAAGAUCCAUGCUUAUAUAAUAGGUCAUCUAAAGAAGGAGAUGCCUACAAUGAUGGGCAAAGCAAAAGCCCAACAACGACUCAUAGACAAUCUGCCUGAUGAGUUUGCAAAGGUGCAACGGGAAUACCAUCUUCCGUCGGGAGAUUUUCCUUACGUGGAGCACUUCAAAGAGGUGUUGAGCGGGUACAGCUUUGACAAGUUUGAGAAGGUGAAGCCCAAGAUGGUACAGGCCGUGGAUGAUAUGCUUGGAUAUGACAUUCCUGAACUUCUCAAGAACUUCAGAAACCCAUACGAGUGAACCCAUACAGGCGGUUGAAAGAUGACUUCGAUCUGCAACAGAAUGAGGGAUUGAUUGUCAGGCGAUGUGAAUCAUAGUGGUCAAUGUCUCUUGGGGCGUUCAUUGCCAUCCAUGCUUAGCCAUUGUUAUAUAACUUUAUGCAUAAGAAUCAUAGAGCCAUUGCUCAAGCUUUCACCAGACAUCUGAUUAUGUAAAAUCGACAAAAUAGUGAUGUUAGUGUUAAAGAAUAUACUGUGAUGUUGUUUCUUCAAAUGAGUAUUUAUUCGUUUGGAACAGCUGGAGAAUGUGGGUUUGUCAAUUAUCAGCCCAUGAAGAAUAUUUGGACCACCGUGGGGUGUUGUCCUGAGCAUGGCUCCUUGUUUU